UAACAGAGCCAUUUGACAAAAGGACCUUUUCGCAGGUGGAAGUCGUUUCACCUGCUGAGGGCACGGAAGAAAAUGGCAAAGGUUCUGUUCCUGGUAGGAUCUCUUCUACUUUUAGGAAAUGUUGUCUUCAUCCAUGCUGGGUUUUCUCCGAGUCUCAUCGUUGACAUGGUAAAGAUCGUUAUUGACAAUUACUGCUCACCAGAGAAGCUCCAAGGUAUGAAGGAGGCCAUUGCUGCAGCCAGCAGCAAUACAGAGAUCCUCAAUAUCCCAGAUGGGGAAUCUCUGGCUAGAGUCCUCAGCGCCGGAAUGCAGACCACAAUCAGUGAUCCACGUGUGACGGUCUCCUAUGAGCCCAACUACGUCCCCGUGGUCGCACCAGAGAUGCCGGCUUUACCUCCUGAGCAGCUCGUCGCCGUACUCCAGAACUCCAUCAAGCUGGACAUCCUGGACGGCAACGUGGGCUACAUGAGAAUCGAUCACAUUCUCGGCGAAGCGGCCGCCGACAAAAUCGGCUCUUUGCUGGUAAACCUGGUCUGGAAUAAAGUCCUCCCGACUUCAGCUCUUAUUUUUGACCUGCGCCACACGAGCAGCGGUGACAUCACGGGAAUGUCGUACAUCGUGUCAUACUUCACCGCAGCCGAGCCUGCCCUUCACAUCGACAGCGUGUUCGACCGUCCCUCAAACACCACCACCAAGCUGUGGUCCAUGCCCACACUGCUGGGGGAGCGCUACGGCACGCUGAAACCUCUCAUUAUCCUCACAAGCAAGAACACCAAGGGUAUUGCCGAAGAUGUUGCCUACUGCCUCCAAAACCUGAAGAGGGCCACCGUUGUCGGAGAGAAGACCGCCGGGGGUUCGGUCAAACUAGACAAACUCAAAGUGGCGGACACGGACUUCUACGUAACAUUGCCAACUGCAAAGUCCAUCAACCCCAUCACCGGGUCAACCUGGGAGCUGACAGGCGUCACGCCCAAUGUCGAAGUCAACGCGGAAGACGCCCUUGCGACGGCGAUCAAGAUAGUGGAACUUCGUGCCAAAGUGCCCGCCAUCAUUGAGGGGUCGGCGGCACUCAUCUCUGAGAACUACGCUUUUGAGGGAAUCGGGGUUGAUGUCGCAGCGAAGCUGAAAGAUCUCUUACAGAAUGGCGAGUACAGCAUGGUUGUCUCCAAGAAUGACCUUGAAGAAAAGCUGUCUGCUGACCUAAACACCCUGUCUGGGGACAAGAGUCUGAAAACCACCAGUAACACCCCAGCCCUGCCGCCCAUUGAUUAUACUCCAGAGAUGUUCAUUGAGCUCAUCAAAGUCUCCUUCCAGACGGAUGUUUUUGAGAACAACAUCGGCUAUCUACGUUUUGACAUGUUUGGGGACUUUGAGGAGGUCAAACCCAUUGCACAGAUUAUUGUGGAGCACGUGUGGAACAAGGUGGUCAACACUGACGCCAUGAUCAUCGACCUGAGGAAUAACCUUGGUGGCCCGACAACAGCUAUCGCAGGUUUCUGCUCUUACUUCUUCGACGGCGACAAGCAGAUUGUUCUGGACAAGCUGUACGACCGACAGUCUGGGACCACCACUGAACUCCAGACGCUGCCUGAACUCACUGGACCAAGGUACGGAUCCAAGAAGAGCCUGAUCAUCCUCACCAGUGGAGCAACAUCCGGCGCAGCAGAGGAGUUUGUCUACAUCAUGAAGAAACACGGCCGCGCUAUGAUAGUCGGAGAAACCACGUCCGGGUCAUCCCACCCGCCCAAGACCUUCCGCGUUGGUGAGAGCGACAUCUUCCUCAGCAUUCCCACGGUCCACUGCGACACAACAACCGGGCCAGCCUGGGAAGGAGCUGGCAUUGCACCUCACAUCCCCGUCUCAGCCGCCGCCGCCCUUGAAACGGCCAAGGGCAUUUUUAACAAGCACUUGGCAGGGCAGAAGUAAAUCCUCUGAAUAAAGUCCACUUUUGUUUUGGCAACCAAAAAGCGCUAGGAUUUAGACUUGCUGAAGAAUUGAACAGGAUUUAGUCUGUUUGUGACUUAGAGCGAAGUUUUAAAGCUGGAUUUGGUGCUCGUGUUUAUGUCGUGAUGAAUAAAAGAUGUCAGCACCGUUAUAUCAUGAGAAGUAACACUUGCACGGUCUCUGGCUGACAACGGUUUUUUUUUUUUGUCAUGAAAUGACUCAAUUCAGGAGACCUGUGACUAGCCAUAAAAUGCAUGAUGACAUUUUUAUGUCCUGCAAACACCUUAUAUCAACGCUGCUGUUAACUGCACGGCGCAGACUUGCUGUUCUACUCGGGCUGCCUUUGUUCCUGUGUCGACCAAAUAAAAACACAAAUAACUAAAUCAAAA